GUGGCCCGGCACUUCCGGCACGGGAAACUCCUUGCUGCCGCUCCGGCUGGCUUGACAGGCGCGGUCUCGGCUAGUAGCUCUCUCUCCUCUCGCCUUCCGCCCUCCGCCCGUCCACCCUCCCAGCUCUUUUGCCGCUGCCGUCCCACAACUCCUGUCCCUGAAGGCGCCCCUUCCCCAUGUUCCGGGGCGGGAGUCCUGAAAGCGAAGACCCGCUCGCCGGUACCCCAUCAUGUCCGAACUGACUAAAGAGCUGAUGGAGCUGGUGUGGGGCACCAAGAGCAGCCCCGGUCUCUCUGACACCAUCUUCUGCCGCUGGACACAAGGGUUUGUGUUUAGUGAAUCAGAGGGAUCUGCAUUAGAACAGUUUGAAGGUGGCCCCUGUGCUGUUAUUGCACCUGUUCAGGCCUUUCUUUUGAAGAAGCUCCUGUUUUCUUCUGAGAAGUCUUCUUGGAGGGAUUGCCCAGAGGAAGAGCGGAAGGAACUCCUUUGUCAUACCUUAUGUGAUAUUUUAGAAAGUGCCUGUUGUGACAACUCUGGAGCAUUCUGCCUGGUUUCCUGGUUAAGAGGAAAGACAACCGAGGAGCAGACUGCGGGCAUUUCUGGGAGUCCUGCAGAAUCUAGUUGCCAAGUGGAGCAUUCUGCUGCCUUGGCUGUCGAAGAGCUUGGCUUUGAGCGAUUUCAUGCAUUAAUUCAAAAAAGAUCAUUCAGAAGUUUACCUGAAUUAAAGGAUGCUGUCCUGGACCAGUAUUCAAUGUGGGGAAACAAAUUUGGAGUAUUGCUUUUUUUGUAUUCUGUGUUACUGACAAAGGGCAUUGAAAACAUAAAAAAUGAAAUUGAAGAUUCAAAUGAACCUUUGAUAGAUCCUGUAUAUGGACAUGGCAGCCAAAGUUUAAUUAACCUCCUACUGACUGGACAUGCUGUUUCUAAUGUAUGGGAUGGUGAUAGAGAAUGCUCAGGAAUGAAACUUCUUGGUAUACAUGAACAAGCAGCAGUAGGAUUCUUAACAUUAAUGGAAGCUUUAAGAUACUGUAAGGUUGGUUCUUACUUGAAAUCUCCAAAAUUCCCUAUUUGGAUUGUUGGCAGUGAAACUCACCUCACCGUAUUUUUUGCCAAGGACAUGGCUUUAGUUGCUCCUGAGGCACCUUCAGAACAAGCCAGGAGAGUUUUUCAAACCUAUGAUCCAGAAGUUGCUUGCACAGGGAACAAGAUCUGCACACCAGGGUGCCCACAGGAUUCGCUGCUCAGCCACAACAUUAGGGCACAUGCAAUCCACAUAGGGGUCACCCCAGGAACUCCUGGUUCUCCUGAACAGGAGGGCACUACACCACAGGACCACUCCUUUCAAGACCUGGAAUUUUAAGUGACCUACCAACUACAUAGAAACAGAGACUCAGACAAAAUGAGGAGACGGCGGACUGCGUUCCAAAUGAAAGAACAGACAAAACUACAGAAAAAGAGCUAAACAAAAUGGAGGUAAGCAAUCUACCUGAUAAAGAGUUCAAAGUAACGGUCAUAAAGAUACUAACAGGACUUUAGAGAAGAGUGGAUGAAAUCCAUGAGAACUUCCUCAAAGAGGAAGUAAAUAUUUAAAGGAGGAAAUAUUUAGUGCUUCUAGAAUGUAUUUGAACUUAAUCAUCAACUUAAUAUAGACUGCCACACACAUAGGAUGUUGUAUAUGAACCCUCUGAUAACCCAAAGAUACCCAAAGGGAAAGCAGUUCAAACAUAACACUAAAGAGAACCAUCAGACCACCAGAAAAGAAAGGAACAGAAAACUACAGAAACAACCAAAAAACAAUUAACAAAAUGGCAGCAUACCUAUAAAAAUUACAUUAACAUAAAUGGACUAAAUGCUCCAACCAAAAGCUAUAGGGUGACUGAAUGGAUAAAGGACAAUACCCAUCUAUAUGCUGCCUACAAGAAACUCCUUCAGAAAACACACACAGACUGAAAGUGAAGAAUUGGAAAAGUAUUUCAUACAAAUGAAGUUAAAAAAAAAAAACAAAAACUAGGUACCAAUACUUACAGCAGACAAAAUAGACUUUAAAACAAAGGCCAUAACAAGACAAAGGACAUUACAUAAUGAUAAAGCAAUCGAUCCAUCCAAGAAGAAGACAUGGGAUUUGUAAAUAUCUGUGCACCCAAUGUAACAAAACCUAAUUAUAUAAAGCAAAUAUUAACAGACAUCAAGGGCAAAAUUGACAAUAUAAUAAUAAUAGGAGGAGACUUUAAUACCCCACUUACAUCAGUGGCUAGAUCAUCCACACAGAAAAUCAAGGAAAUAGUGACGUUGAAUAACAUGUUCAACCAGGUGGACUUCACAGAUAUGUUUAGAACACUCUACCCCAAAACAGCAGAACACACAUUCUUUUCAAGUGCACAUGGAACAUUCUCCAAGAUAGAUCAUAUGAUAGGCCACAGAACAAGUCUCAAUAAAAGAAGAAUGAACCAUCUGAAGUCGAAUGAACCAUCGUUUCCUACCACAGCAAGUAAUUAGAAAUCUUUUACAAGAAAAAAACAAAUAGGAGAAACCCAAACACCUAGAGGCUAAAAUGAAAUCCAAGAGGAAAUCAAGAAAUACUUGUCGACAAACGAAAACACAAUGGUCCACAAUCUUCGGAAUGAAGGAAAAGUAAUUCUAAGAAGGAAGUAUAUCUCAAUACAGGCCUACUUGAAGAAACAAGAAAUAUCUUGAAUAAAUAAUCUAAACUUAUACCUAAAGGAACUAAAAAAGAGGAAUAAAUAAAGGCUUAAGUUAGUAGAAGGAAGGAUAUUAUGAAGAUCAGAGCAGAAAUAAAUGAAAUAGAGAACAAACAACAACAGUGGAACAGAUCAAUGAAAGCAAGACUGAGUUGUUUGAAAAGAUAAACAAAACUCAUAAACCUUUACUGAAGCUAAUAAAGAGAAAGGGCCCAAACAAAACCAGAAAUGAGAAGUUAUGAGACCAUAGAAAUACAAAUAAUUACAAGUGAUUAUUAUUUAAAAAUUGGCAAAUUAACAUAGAAGAAACAAAUUCCUAAAAAUGUACAACCUUCUUCUGAGAACGGUCCCAUUACUGUAAACAACAUUGAGUCACUAAUCAAAACACUUGGAAUAAGGGGCGCCUGCCUGGGUGGGUCAGUUGGUUGAGUGUCUGACUCUUGAUUUCAGCUCAGGUCAUGAUCCUAGGGUUGUGGGGUUAGGCCCCGUGUCAGGCUCCACAGCCUGCUUGGGAUUUUCUCUCUCCCUCUGUCCCUCCCCAACUUGCACACACUUUCUCCCUCUCUCAAAAAAUAAAAAUAAAUUUAAAAAAAAAUUUUUUUUUUAAACAAAAGAACUUGUGAGAAGCAUAAAUGCAGGACAGUGGCUUCACUGGUGAAUUCUACCAAACAUUUAAAGAAGACUUACUACUUACCAUUCUCAUACUAUUCCAAAAUGAAAAAGAGGAAGGAAUGCUUUUAAAUUAAUUUAUGGGACUAGUAUUACUCUGAUACUAAACAACUCAAAAAAAAAACAAAAACGAGAAUUUAAGAUGCAAAAAUCCUCAACAAAAUAUUAGCAACCAAAUUGAAAAAUACAUUAAAAGGAUCAUUUACCACAAUCAAGUGGGAUUUGUUGCAAGCACGGUUUAAUACACACAACAGAAUACAUGAUUGUCUCAAUAGAUGGCAGAAAAAGCAUUUGGCAAAAUUCGACAUCCAUUCAUGAUAGAAUUCUCAACAAAGUGGAUAUAGAAGGAACAUACCUUGACAUAAUAAAGGCCAUAUAUGACAGACCCACUGCUGACCUACUCAGUGGUGAAAAGCUGAAACGUUUUCCCUAGGAUCAGGGACAAGACAAGGAUGCCCACUCUCGCCACUUUUAUUCAACAUAGUACUGGAAGUCACAGUUGCAGCAGUUGGACAAGAAAAAGAUAACAAGCAUCCAAAUUAGUAGAGAAGAAGUAAAACAUUCACUGUUUUCAGAUGACAUACUACUUUAUGGAGAAAAUCAUGACGACUCCACCAAAAAACUAGAUCUAAUUAAUAAAUUCAGGAAAGUUACAGUAUAUGAAAUCAAUACACAGAAAUCUGUUGUGUCUCUAUACACUAAUAAUGAAAUCACAAGAAGGAAAGGGAACCAGCCCAUUUACAAUUACAUCAAAUAGAAUAACAUACCUCGAUAUAAUUUUAACCAAGGAGGCGAAAGACCUGUACUCUGAAAACUGCAAGACACUGAUGAAAGAAAUUGAAGACAACACAAAUAAAUGGAAAGAUGUACCAUGCUCUUUGAUUGGAAGAAUACUGUUAAAAUUGUUCGUAUUACCAAAGUGAUCUACAGAUUCACUGAAAUUCCCAUCAAAAUACCAA